AAAUACACAUGGUCAUUGCAAAGCUUAAGCAAAUCUCCUGGACACACUGACAUACCACGGUUUUGAAGGGAAUAACACCACCAAAAUGAAUCUGCAUCACUUUCAUCUGGCAAAAUUUGGAUUUUGCACACUGAUCUUGCUAGUUCUGAUGUAUCAGGUAUCUACUGUGCCAUUAGCGACUUCUGAGGUGCGAUCGGAUCUUCAGUCAUCACAUAUACUGCACCGCAAGAUACGAAUGUCCCCUUUGUGGCGAAUCAUGGGGUUCAAACCAUAUGGAGCGUACUGCCAUGACAACAUAGAGUGCACUACAGGAUUAUGCAGGAAUGGUCAUUGUUCUUUUAAUGAGCCUGUUCAUUCAUAGCGGAGUGGAAGACUGAAAUAUAUUCAUUUAUGUGUCAACCCAAUUAAUAUAUACUAUUAUAUGCCAUAGCAUUGUGUGUGUAGGCUAAAGUUGCAAGCACUUUAAUUUUUUAACUGUAUGUAGUGCAGUAUUGUGUAGUGCAUAUGGAGAAGUCUCACUUGAAAAGUUACAUUGGUUUCACUGUAGAUGUUUUAUGUUCAAGGCAUUUAAUAACACUAUUUAUGGUCAUUAACAUAUUGGGGUUUGUGUUUGACUUGCCCCAAACUUUAAUUCUGUAAGUGCAUUGUAAUUAAAAAGCUGUAUUAAUCUGUAAGAGCAUCUGUUUUAAUUUGUAGACCAUUUUAAGAGCUAUAAUAUAUGUAUAAAAUAAUGUGAUAUUUGAUAUAAAGUACUGUAUUUGAUAUGCUAUGUGGGCAUACGGAAGGCUUCAGUAGUGAACCUUAAAAUCAAUACUAGGCAUAGUGCCAGUAAGAGAACGUGCACAGCUGCACACAUCUUUCUCAGGAUGGUCUGAGUUCUCUGAAAAGCCAGUUCUGAUGACAAAGGCCCCUAAAGUUAGCAAGAGGAGUAUUUGCACAAGAAUGUACUGUAACAGACUGAUGUCAUUGUACUGUGAACGACCUCCACAUGUACCCAGAUUGCAUGUCCUUUUCUGACAUGAAAGAUCAAAGUUUAUGUUUGUCAAAUAAAACACUAAAAAUA